CUUCGUCGCCCGUUGGGUAGAUGGUAUCGUUUCUGGGACGAACAGACAUUCGAGAGGUGAGAUGUAGAGUAACAGACACACACACACACACGUACACACACACCCAACUACAGUACCCUCGCUGCGCAUGCGCGCCGAGGGUAAUAAAUCACAGGUUGAUCAAAAUUCAGCACCAAAAGCACGUGGAACUAUAUAUAUAAAAUAGGAGGUGUGGUCCCGAAUUCUCUGAUUGUGUCCACGACAAGGGAGAUGAGGUCGAAAGACGAGCCAACUGCCACUCUUAGCUUUCUCGCCUCUUCAGCCUCGAAGGGUCUUCCUUAGAGGCGGACUUUCUGGAUUUGACUUUGUUACAUUGAACAUUGAAACAAGAGAUAGAGAAGCAGAGAGAGAGAGGAGAGAGAGAGAUGGACAAUAAAGGAAGAGUUUUUUGUCUCACACAAUGAGCAUAUUCUUCUCCAGAAGAAAUGACUUUGUUACCCCUGACCUCGGGGGCUCAGGAUCCACCUUCAGAGUAUUAUACGCCACCUCAGCCUCACCCUCAUGUUCAAAUGGAACCCUCAACUCACUGUGCAGCAAAUUGUACCCACAGAGCAGUAUAAAAAGUGAAAAUUUUGACCCACCAACUAUGCUUCUCAGUCAUGGUCGCAAAGCGCAUGCGCAGUUAUAAACCACGCCCCUUGGAUUAGUGCGCAUGUGUGACUAAACCACGCCCACGUGUCCAUAAUCAUUGUCUUUUCUUUUCCGCAGCAGUUGAUUUAGCUAGCCACUCCCCCUCUCGAGGAAGUUUGAGAAGAAGGACGGCCGUUCUGAGUGUCUCUCUCGCACUCUUCUGACCGAUUUGAAAGCUCAUCAGAGGUCACAGAGGUCGUUGCCAUGGUGAGCCUUGAGAGGAAGUUUGACGUCCUCCAUCACUCCUUAGCGACGUUCACUCGAUGGCUGGACACAUGCUCGGCCCAGCUGAGCUCACUGUCAUCAGUCCAGACUGACCUGGAAUCGGGACACGGUGGAGACGAGGGUACAGAUGAAGCCAAACUGAGAGAUCUGGCUCUCCAGUAUAAGGACAUACUCCUGAACAUGAAGGAGCAGUGCGGUACAUUCCAAGAGAUUACCGCUCUCUGCAAAGACAUGCGAAACGAGACCAAAGACGACCAACACGCCCAAAGACACGCAAAAGCCUACGAAACGGUCGGAGAUCUUAGUCAGAGAUUUUCCACCACUUGCACAACUGCUAAGACGCAAUACUCGAAACUGUCGUCUCUCCUCCAAGCUACCUCGGGGGCCAGAAAUUCCCCCGGUGGGGGGCUAAAAUUCUUACCCCGUUCCCUCUCGCAGACCCCUAAACUGGAGCGUGUCACUAAAACUCCGCCCCCUGCCAGACCCAGCUCAGUACAGACACAUCGUCGCGCACUCAGCGGUUCUCAUUAUCAACCGGUUUUCGUUCGUCCGACAACUUUCUCUCUUCACGACCGCGAGGAGGAAGAACAGGGGGGCGGUGUUCAGAAGGGGUUAAACUCACUAACUCGCAGUGCAAAUUCUUAUGAUAGCGAGGAGGAUGAAAUUGGUAGUGGUCGCUUGGCGAAGGCACCGGUUAGCUCAAAGCAGACGAAAACUGUCGAAAACAGACCAAAAGAGACCAAAGCUCUGAACAAAGUUGUCGAAAGCAGACCAAAAGAGACCAAAACCAGAGACGCGAAAACCAAAACUACCGAAAGCGGACCAAAAGAUCCCAAAACCAAAAAUGCCAAGCCUGCAAAGAAGGCACCAAAGAAGCAAAAGGAGCCCACAAGGAACGAAAGUGAUCCAAUCCCAGAAAUAUUAUCACUGGAUAGAUCGCCAGUGAUAGCAGGCAGGAGAAUGUUCAAGAUGCCCAGUCACGAAAGCCUUGGUGAAAAUCGGGGCAGUUGCUCGCCGAAUGCGGGACAUCCGUCUGAAAAACGGGACAGUCCCGAGUUACCUGUGUUUGGAAACGGGUCGCCCAAUCGGCGGAUUGGACAGCCCAAAUCAAGCCCAGCUCACGAUCUUACAAGCGGAACUAGAGUGAGAGUUCUACCGACCAUGAAAUCACCCGAACAUGGCAACAGACUCAAAUCCCCACCUCCGAUAGUGAAACCAAAACCAUCGAUUCCCAAGAAGCCUCAGUUUUUAAAACAAACCUCGGGAAGCGAGAAAUUCGAGACAACGACCGAACAACCACUGAAAGCAAACAAAAAACGGGAAUCAAAUGGAAAGGAAAAGGAGGAAGAGAAAUCGAAAGCUAAGAAAGCGUCUCGUUUUUCGAAGCUACAUGGAUUUGGCGGUGGACUGAAAAAGGAUUCCAAUAGGAAAGAGAGAGGCGGGAGAGAGGGAGGAGGGGAGGAGGGGGAGAGAGAGAAAAGUCCGCCUGCUGUGUCCGGAGCCGGUACCAGAGAUCUCGACAUGGGACUUGACAUGGGAGAGUGGGAGGUCCCGAGAGAUGGACAAGAGAGUCCUCUUCUGCAGGGAAGAAAAGGUUAGCGUAUUUGUGUAGGGUUGAAUGUGAAUAGUUGUUGUGGCUAAUUGCAUUCGCAAAAAUAUUUAUAUCAGCACUUUGGGAAAUUAUCCUGAUUUAUGAUUUACAUUUUUGUUGUUCAGGAGUUAAAGUUAUGCUGAAAGACGAUAACAUGGAGAUCCCGGUUCUAUCUCCACGGAGGCGUGCUGACUCAACGAAAAAGAAGACCCCGCCCCCUCCAGUUGCUAAGAAACCAGUUGGCCUGAUGGAGAGGAUAACAAUGGAGAAGAAAACCGACCAAUCAGACACAACACGUCCCAAAAACGCCGCCCAUGCGAAAUCAACCACCGCUUCCACGGCAACCCCCGGCGGCACGAAAACCACACCCACCCCAAAUUUAACCCCUUCCUCCCCGGCAAAAGGCGACUCCACACGUGCCAGACAAGUCGACAAAACGGUAGAAGCUGGAAAAGGUGUGGGAAGUGACACUAAUUCAUCACAGGAAGCUACAGCAAGGACGAGCCAAAACAAGCCACAGCAGUUACGAAUACAGACAUUUAAACUUGAUAACUUGGCCCGCGAGUCAGUCUCCAUUGCCAGCCAGUUCACGAGCAGUAGCACCAGGCCGUCGGUCUCGCUCGUCCGCAGAGAACAACCGGCUAAACCGGUUUUGGAAGCUCGAGGCUGUUUGGUAGCCGAUGUUCAGCAAACGCUCGCAGCUAGUACAGCGGGAGUGAAAUUGGAAGAUAGAGAAGGGGAGAAAGAAAGAAGUAGAGAGAGAGGUGCUACUGGUGUUAGUGGCUGGGACGGAGCUGUUUCGCAACAGAAGGGAUCUGGAACCGGAAAUUUGGGACUGGAAUCGGACCGGGAAGGCUCCGAUACCGAUACUAACAUGGAAUUGAGACCGGGCUACGACAGACUGUCCCUCGGGUCACUCACCAGUCACGGCAGCGACAGAUAUGAUCAUCUCUGCAACAGGGAACCCACAGAGGUCAAAGGUCAAAUAAACGAGGCACGCUCAGACUCGGACCGGAGUUACCCCAAUGAAAGUGGGCGUGGUCUUGAAGAAGAGGAAGAUGUUGAAGACAUGGGUCAAAGGUAUUACGUAGGAGGGAGAGGGAGAAAGAGGUGGAGUGACGAGUCCCCAGUGACUCCACUACAAGAUGUGUCUGGCGAAGACGGGAGUCUGAAAGACAGGCUUGGUGGCCUGGCAACGAAGCUGCAGGGGCACAUUCAGGACAUCGCUGAGAGGGAGAGAUGCAGUCUCGGAUCGCUGGAGUUGGAGAUGCACGGCGGGGAAGUGAAGGCAAUGCUGGCGCUGUUAGAAGUACAGGACUUUGAAUUAGUGCGAUUCCGCGCGCAGUUUUCCCCCUCAUCGAUGCAGAAAUUCGGUUCCCUCAUGGAAUUUCCCCCCGAGGAGGUCAAGAAAAACCGCGACGAGAUUGUAAAGUUGAGUGAGAGGAUCCAGCUGCUUGAGAAACACUGCAGAGACAGCAUCACCCAGGUCGAAGAAGUCAUGGAGUUUGUUCUUCUCUUUGAAAGUGACCUCAAACUGCUGACCGAGUUUCUGGCCGACACUAAAGAGAAGUUGCAGCUGUCGAGGGAGAUGGGAGGAGAGCGUUUGGACGAGGCAUGGGAUGUUCUUACUGAGGCUCUGGCCGGUGUUAAUGGUCAGAGAACAAAGCUCUCUUCGAUCGAGCAGCUGUCGAACCACCUACUCUAUUUAGAGCCCAUCUUCGACGGGGAUUGUAUCCGUGGCGACAUGCAGCACCUCAGCACGGAGUAUCAAGGGGUAAUUCUAGAGGUGUUCUCGCAGCUCGAGGCGUUGGCUCAUGUGAAGUGUGAGCAGCUGCUGGUAGAGAUGUCAGUGGUCAGCUCGUGGUCGACGGAGGCCGGGCUGGCACUUCAGGCCAUCAACAAACGCAGCAGGCAGAGCAGCGGAGUUGGCGACAGAAUUGCUGCGUCUAAAGAGUCUCUGGACAGUGGACUAAAGAAACACAAAUCAACUCUCAUUUCUGUCACGAAAGAACUCGAGAAAAUCACCUCGCUCCUCUCGCCUGCCGACCACGAAUCGAUCCGAGAACUGGUUUUUCAGGUCACUCAGGCUUCAAAGUCACUCGUCCAGAUUGAGGAAGGCCUCGAAAUGAUGGAGUUUGCUGGCGGAAGUGGUAAGCCACCUCGUGUGAAGGGAAACGGAGCAAAGAGCAGAGAUUCCGACUAUGCCGAGCUAGCCGAGCUAGAAGACAGCCUGAAGAUGCUGGAACGGAAGCAGAGCAGGGUCCUGCCGCCCGUUCCGGUACGGAACGUGAACGGAGCCAAGGCCAACGUGAAGGAAUCGGACUACGCCCACAUCGAGGAUCUCCACGUCCACGGAUUCACUCCGAAGAUGAAACGAAAGUUGCUACUCAAACCGUACGCACAGGUCAGCAUGCAAGACGGCUCCGUGGAAGAAGACGAUGUUGCCGUGGAAACGACCUCCGACCCUCCACCGGUGCCGAGAAGACCGGCUGGUGGUGGUAUCGACGAGAAAUCGAGAGACGGAAAACGGAGAGGUGGUGGUUUCCUGGACUUGAAAGCCGGCCAAUCGAUAAGGGAUCUCCCCCUGCCCCCCAGACCCGACGAAAUCGAGGGGAGCCAAAAAUUCUCCCGCUCCCCCCUCCCCCCUCUCCCAGGGGGUCACCCAACAUACGAUUCUCUAGCCAAACAGGAUGAGGGACAAGAUUCCAGGUUGCUUUACGAUGUUCCUCGCUCACUCCUUCGUGGAGAGUCCUACGACACUUACGACACUCCCCGAUCGCUUCUGCAACAGCCACGCCCCCUCCCCGAGGAUACGCUGCUGCCACGGCACGAGAUGUAUCACGUGACAAUACCACCCCGCAACCACGGCAACUAGAGGGGUCACAUGACCUCUACGACGUGCCGAGAUCAGUUCUCGGGAGUUCGUACGAUGUGUACGAUGUUCCUCGCACUCUAACAAGAGGUUCUAGACCUGAAGAUGAAGCUAGACAUUCUGGUGGUGAACUGGUUUCGUCAACCAGUCCAGACUCCGUGUUCUCCCCUCCUCUGUACGACGUUCCACGGUCGCUUCUAGAAGGUCGUUCAGGACAGGGAGAAUCAGGACAGACUGGUUCAGGACAGGGAGAAUCAGGACAGACUGAAUCAGGACAGACUAGUUCAGGACAGGGAGAAUCAGGACAGACUUGUUCAGGACAGACAUCAGGACAGGAGAGAGACACAUCUCCAGAAAUGACGUAUGAUGUUCCGAAAUCACUACUCGAACCACCUUCACCAUUGAUGGAAUUUAAUCAGAUAGCAACUUGUCACCUGGACAGAGCAAUCCAUCGUCUUCCUCGCUCCUCCCCCUACCGCCCCGACCUCGAGGGAAUGGGGGAGGAGCUUCGUGGAAAAGGGGCGGGGCAUCGGCCGAGCUCCCUCCACGAGGAACUUCUUCAGUUUAUCAUCGACGAAUGGGCACAGAUACCAAAAGAGUCAUCUCCUCCACCGGCUGAAGGAUCUCGUCUGGUUGUCGAGGAAACGGCUCGUCUCCUGCGAGACCACACCCACACGGAGGCAUGUCUGGCGUUUGCUUGUGAGGUGGGGGGCGUGGAGGAGAGCAUUCGGGGGGUCGUGGGGAGAAUUUCAAAUCUGAGGGUUCCGCGUGAACCCGAUCUCGAGAAGGUCCACAAUGGAAUAGACCACUGUGAGAGUAUGCUGUCGCAGCUGAAGAAACUGCAGGCGUCCCUGAACAGCUGGAAUGAGGAGAGUCUAGUUGUCCUGGCAUCUCUCUCCUCCUCCUCUUCCCUCCCUCCCUCUCCUCCCCCUCCCUCCAUUAGAAUCACACAGACCAUAGAGAUAUGGCUGUUUGAUCUCUCAACACUUCUCCAGUCCGCUAACUUACAGCUGUCGACAAAGCUGCGAGAACUGAGGGAGAGGGAGACGCUCACAAAUUCCCUCCAUCGCCACCUACAGACACUCUCACACACUCUCUCUGCCGCCUGCAAACUCGUCGGCGAUAGGGACGACGUCAUCGAGGUCAGAGGUCACAUCCAACAGUGCAAGGAAAUGCACAAGCAGCUGUCGAACAAGUCAGACUGGGUUGACCAGUUGAUGGACGAGAUGGAGAAAUACGUCUCCGCCAGCCCUCAGUCUCACGCCUGCCAAAACCUGCUCGACGAAGUCAAACAGAUCAAGGAAGACUGGGAAAAGGUUUGCGGAGAGCUUGCUGUCGUACCCCAAUUAGAGCCAACCCUGAGAGUCAACAUGUUGCGUAAUGUUGCCACGGUGAUCAAGACGAUGGAAAGCGACCUCCCGGGGUUAGAGGUGACAAGUCUGAAACUGGAUGACGUCAUCGCUAAACAGAAGAAAGCCAGGUCACUGGUGUCAAAAUGUCGCCAGCUGCUCUCCUCUCUCCAAACCACCGAAGUCAACCUUCUUCAGACGAUGUCACCGCCGGCUGGUAACCAAGGCAACGCCGUCAUCCUCCCGGAAGUGGUGGUGGGCGGAGUCGACCCCGCCCAGCAACAGAAGAGAUGUAGAGAACUCCAACAAGAUUGCAAGAGGAUAAUGUCGGAGCUGAAGACACUCAGCAGUCUCCUAGCAACAAGCCACACCCUCCUGGAGCGGCUGGAGUGCGAGACGCAAGACCUGCGCGUGUGGGUCGACGACACGAAGGCUGCGCUGGAGGUGGGGGGCGUGGCAGGAACACAGCAACACAGAGUCAAAUUUCAGGCGAUAACGCAGCAGCUGCUUGCCAAGCAACCUCACAUGGAGUCUUACCAAUCACUGGUGUCAGAGGUCCUCCUGUUGCCUGGCGACACCAGCGAGAAGAAGAAGAUUGAGAAAGAAGUUCUGGCUCUCUAUGCGGACUGGGACUCCAUCUGUCAUCAGUGCGUCCCGGCUGGUACCCUCCCUCUCAUGAGCCCGACGACCCCCCAGAACACACUCUUCCGGGCCCCCCAGGAGUUCGAGGACCCCUCACAGAUGGUGGAGUGGCUCAUCAUGCUAGACUACCAACUGCAGCCGGAGAAAAUGGUGGUGGGAGACUUUCUUCACGUCCGCAGGGCACUUAGAGAUCUCCAGUUGAUAGAGGCCGAGCUGCAGUCAAAAGAGAAGAUUUACAACCAUUUCAUGAGGAACAUAGACCCCAGCACCAAUACUGAAACUGAAGCUCAUUGCAACGAGGCCGGACGUGAACGAUCAAAUUCCCCAUCACCCCCACCUCUGUCGGUGCCGCUAGAAGAUUCCGGGGAAUUUAACCCCCAGCAAGGGGUUAAUCAUGUCGACCUAUCGCCCGAGAGACGAAGGAGGCAGUUCGAGAAUUGGACUGGAAUGGAAUCGGUCCAGGAACAGAGCGGGGAAGAGGAAGAGGAAGACGGAUCCGCAACACCACACGUUCCCGAACACAACGACAACCACUCUAAUAAAAGCACGCUUUUGCACACCGCUACCAAGAAAACCCAGAAAACCCUCGACAACCGGCGGCAACUCUCCAUGGAAACGACCUCUUCGAACCCGAAACUCUCUGAGUGUUUCCCGAAGCAGCCUUCUCUUCCUCUCCUCCUCUCUCACACUUCCCUUCCUCACGGUCUCCCCACUCCUCCCUCCUCUCUCUCCUCGUCCAUGCAGCACACACCACCCAUGUCCCUCUUGUCCAGUUUCUCAAGUUUCGACAAUGGCUCUCGCUCACUCCUCAGUAGACAGGUAUCGAUCACCAGCUCAAUCACUGCGUCACUAGCGGAACUCCUGGUUGCCGGGUCCCCCGGUGCCUCAAUGCCCGAAGACCUCUACCAACUCAAGCUGCUGUGGAGUGGAAUGAAGACUGCCAUAGAACAAAAGAGGCAGAGACUGGAACGGAUCCGGGACCUCUGGCGCUCCUUUGAAGAGAAGAAGGAGGAGUUUGUCGGUUUCCUGGCGAGGGCCGAGACAAGACUGAGGGAAUUCCCCGUUACCGUGGCGCAGGCCAUGGAUCUGGGCCUCAUUCAGAACGAGAUUGAGACUCAGAAGUCAUUUCUGGAGGAGAUUCCAGUUCAGGAGAGGAGACUGUCUGUACUGAACAAACUAGGACAAGACUUGGCGACUCGUUACCAUGCCGAUGACAGCACCGCCGACCUCCAGGACGUCCUACAGGACAUCAACAGGCGUUGGACUGUCGUCAUGGAGAGUGUUGCAAGGCACCAACCGGAGGUGAAUUUGCUGAGUCAGCAGUGGGCGGAGUUUCACAGUCACUAUCAGUCCUUCCAUCAGUGGUUGCGCAACAUUGAUACCGAAAUGGCGAAUCUCAACCCCUUCGUCAGUAACAUGGCAACUGUUCAAAUGCAACUCAUGAAACUAAAGGAGAUACGGGAGGAGCUUGCAGCUCACGAAGGCGUCCUCGACGCGGUCAAACUCCUCAGCUACAAAUUGCAGGGGGAGGAAGGGAGCAGUUGCCAUGUCAACCCAGCUGCCAUCCGCUCGCGGCUGGAGAGUGCGUCAAGGAGAUGGGACCAUCUGCAGAAGUUGGCUCAUGAAAGGCACGCGGCCCUAGAAGAGUCACUGACAGACAAACAGCAGCUCCUGACAAGAAUGGCCGACUGUCUGUCGUGGCUUCAACAGGCUGAGAAACACAUGGCACGACAGAAACCACUGGGAGAAGACUAUUACCAGAUUCACACCCAGUUCAUCGCUCACCAGACAUUCAGUCAGGAGGUGGAGGAGCAGAUGCCAAAGAUGGAGGCCGUCAUUCAGGCUGGUCGCUCCAGUCUCCUUGAUGUCCACUGGCCCCUCGGAACACCAGAGAGGUCAAGAAUGGACAGUCUGAGAAGUGAGUUCUUGGCAGUGGAGAAGAGAUGGAGUAAAGUCAGGGCGGAGUCGGAGGAAUGGGGUAGAAUCCUGGAGUCACUCCACCCCGAAAUGGAGACAUUCCAGACCCUGUGUGCGGAGUGUGGUCAGAGACUGUCUGAGGUGGAACUGAGGGCAAACGGAAUGCCACCCGUUGCUAACAGGGUCGUCAUGCUGACUCAGCAACUGGAAGAGCUGCGGGAAUUUGAGGCAGGGCUUGUUGUCGUGGGCAACGUCCUGGAGAGGGUCAUCGGUACGCAGAAGAAGCUAAUGCAGCUUGGAGCAAGAGUGUCUGGUGACUUGGUAGAGCUGGUGAGAAGGUUCCACGAGAGAUGGGGGGAGGUGAAGAAGACGAUCACAAAGAGAUACUCCGCCAUCGAUAAGGCCCUGGUUAAAUACGAUCCUCAGAACCUUGGAGUCGCUACUCUACCUCGAGGAUGGAUCAGAGAAAAGACCAGAAAUGGAACACCAUACUACAUUGAAAACAAGAGGGACGGAGGCCAGCAAUGGCAGCACCCCGAGCUAUCUCAGAUCAGUCGGAGUAUGGAGUCGGAGUACAACCAGCCAUGUUACCCCAAUAUGGCUUACCCCGCUGCUCUCAAGCUCAGAAACCUUCAGAAAAGAACACAGCUCCACCUCCUGGAGACGAGAGUCGCGAUGCAGACGUUUGAGGAGGACCACGUCUACAGCAUGUACAACUCGCACAAGGCGUUGUCCAGCUCGGACAUGAUAAUGUUGUGUCUGGGUCUGUUUGAACAGGCAGAGGGACGCCCGGCUGUCAAGUCCGAGCCGCUGUACGUCAACAGAGCAGUCGAGUUGACCGCCGCCUGGAUUAGAGACAUCUACGACAUAACGCACGAGGGAUCGGUAACGUGCGCCAGUUUCCAGAUUGCCAUGGUGUGUCUCUCUCAGGGCAGGCUGGAGGAAAAACAGAGAUGUUUAUUUCGACUGAUGGCCAGAAACAGUGACGCAAUUACACUUCAUCAACUAGCUGACUUUUUGGAACAUCUGGUUCAGAUUCCGCAGAAUGUGCUCCAGACCCAAUACUGCUCCGUGGACAGUCUGGACUAUCACGCUCAGGACUGCUUCAAAAAGUUCUCAGACGAGGCAGGUCAGCUGAGCCUGCCGCAGUUCCUGACGUGGGCCCAGACGGAGCCCCUCCCACUAUCCUGGCUGGCCGUCAUGCACAGAGCAGCCGCGGCCGAGACGACGCAACACGACGUCAGGUGUGCCGUCUGCCGAGCCGGACCACCCAUCUCCGGAUUCAGGUACCGAUGUCAGCAGUGUCAUAACUAUGACAUGUGUCAGAGCUGCUUCUGGUCUGGGUGGAACCCCUCCCCCCCCGGCCCCGCUCCGCCCGGCCCCCCCCCCCCCCUCCCGGAGGCGUUCUCUGCGUCGUGGUGCUUCGAGGAGCAAGAUUUGAAGGACUCUCUUCCGCAACCUCCAAGAGGACCACAGAAGAGGAAGAAGAAAAUUUAGCAAGUGUCCUCUCAGAAGUUCUACAGGAACACGCCCCCCAAAUCAUAGGGGACCACUCCCCAGCGAAAUACUCGGGGGGCAGAACGGACCCAUGGGUUUAAACAGUCCGCACAGAAGCGAAACAUCGGCACGCCACGUCAGGUCGUGUGCGAUGAGGGAUGAAGUUGCGGUCGGAUUGUAACUUGAAUGUCGGAAAUUUGAAAUAUGUGAAAUCCAUCCAGAUGUGUCAGCAGUGAUAAGUGAUCGGGGG